GGGAACAUGAUUCGGCAAGACGGGCAGCGGGCUUCUCGGGCGACUGUUGCUCUGUUCCACUUUUGGCAGAGUAGAAACAGAAAAAUUCCGAGCCAACGCUUGUUUGUUCAUUCCGCAUCAGAUGCCAACUUACUUAUAUAAGCAAGAAGCCCCUCCAUGCACCUCGUCCAAUUUUUCAUUUUUCCUUGACCCACCAAGAUUUCCCCCCCACCAUCCAUUCCGCAGCAGCAAACCUCAUCCGAACUCUCAUCGAAACAAGUGUUCGCAAUGUUUUACGCUCGAGUUGUCCCUCGCUUCUGGCGAGCCCCUUCCGCUAGAGUUUUCCUCUCCCGUUCAAUUUCUACUGUCAGGCCCCAGGCCUCGGUUUUCCGGCCUGCUUUGGCCGCGAGGCACCCUCGGCUUGCUGCUCGGUUUUCCACUACAUUUUCUCGUGCCGAGAAAUUGGGGCAAGGUAUGGAUUGCGAUUUGCCUUUGGCCCGGUAGCCUUCUGGGCGGAAUUAUCUCACUAACUCAUAACCGCAGUUGACGAGGAAUUGGCGUUAAAACUCCAGACCGAGAUUGACCUCGAAAAGUCAAAAGAGGAUGAAGCAGAGUACCCAUUGAGUGUAAAGGAAUAUCUGGAAACUAGUCAAUUUGAGGUGUCUUUCCUCCCCCGCUCCCCAUUACUUCUCGGGUCUGACAAAUUUCUCCCUAGGUUAUCGAUAAGCCAGGCGAGCAAGAUGUCCAGCUCGUCCGCAAGUUCGGAGAUGAGACGUGGGUCUCCCGCCUCCACCUUAUCUCUACGGAGUGAUCCUUUAUUGACUAUGCGCCAGCAUCCGUGUUGAAUUCUCUAUCUCCGAUCUCACUAGCGUUACGAACGAGGGACUCAAUGAGGAUGCUCUCUACGAUGAACCGUCGGAAGAGGGUGACCCCGGCACAUCGCCUUCACAUCCCAGGGGUGCGCAAUCCAGGGCUGCCCGAGGUGAGGGAAGGACCCCAGCAACUAGUGAUUUGGACGACGACGAAUACGACGAUGAGCCAGAACCAGGUUUCCCGGCGCGAGUGAACGUUACGAUUGAGAAGGUCGAUAUGAUAAAUUUCUUUUGAACUAGGUUACGCAUACUGACUCUUCCGACAGCGAAACUCGGGUGUACUCCAAAUUGAAGCUAUUGCUCAGGAUGGAAUGGUUGUCAUUGACAACGUAUUUUACCACAAGUCUGGCAAACUUGCCACUGCUCGAACUGCUGAGGCCGAUUGGGAGAGGAGGGCUGUCUAUGCUGGCCCUCCGUUUGGUAACUUGGAUGAGGAUCUGCAAGUGUUGCUGGAGAGAUAUCUUGAUGAGAGAGGAAUCAACACCGCCUUGGCGCUCUUUGUUCCCGACUACAUUGACUACAAGGAGCAGAGGGAAUAUGUUCAGUGGCUAGAGAGUAAGUUUGAUUUAUUACGGGUGAUAUUAUGUAUGACGGAGAGCUGACAUGCCCCUUUAGACGUUAACAGUUUCGUUACGAAAUAAGGGCUUCCAGGCUUUCCAGAACUAAUUGUAUAGUAGCCACCACAAAAGUGAUGAGAAAAUGCUUCACUUGUUACUCCUCUCCGUGCCCGUGAUCGGGAAAAUAGAACAGAAUAUUUUAAUUUGUGGCAAAAAUAUGAUUGGACCAGUAUUGUUUGUUGAAUCGGGACUAUUAACAUGAGGGUCAUUCCAUACUAGGGGCACAAUAGGUAUCCAGAAGGUGCGGGGUCUUAAGCGGUUUCUUCGUUGGCCGCUCUCGGCCCGAUGCCCAAGGAAAGCCCUCUGGCCAGACUUGCCCAGUUGAGGCCUUUGAGCUCUGGCUCGUUCUGAUAGCGAGCGGAUCUUGCGGCUGCCAAAGCAUCAUCCAGUUGCCCUUGAUGCAUCUGCUUAAUUAUCAACGUAUCCUGGGCAGCCGGAAGAUUGGAGUGGCGGAUGUGAUCCUCAAAUAUCUGUUGCUCUUUGGGGGUGAAUGGCAGGUUGAUAAGUUUUAAAGCAUUGACUUCUUUGCGAACUGUGAGGCAAUGAUCGAUGAGACUGGUGAACAGCUCAUGCUGUAGGGAUUCCGGGACCGUUCGUUGGUAGAGAAAGGCUGAUUCAAUGGAGGUAGCAUUGAGAGCGGCGAAGUAAUCUCUUAUUGAGUCAUCUGUGUUUAGUUUUGUCUGUGUCGCUUGAACGAAAGUGGUAGCGAGCCUUGGACCCAGAGUAGGGCCAGCAUGAUGGAUGAGGGCGGAAAGUAUCUUGUGAGGAUUGGUGGGAGUAACGGCUGGCUCAGCCAAGAGCAUGGUAGCUUCCUGCAAUGUGAUUGUGAGAGCCAGGCACUUGUGACGGGCGAAGGAGGGGAGCAUACCUCGAACCUGAAAUUAUCCAAAGCCCAGAGACCAUCCAUCAGGCUACAAAAGUUUGGCUGGACAAGAGCCUUCCGAGCGUAG